AUGUGUCUCAAUCCCAAGGACCCUCAUCCUUGGACCCCCACUGCCAUGAUAUCCUACACUAUACGACAGAUGGUGAGCCCUUCCGGAUACGACCUCAACCGCGCAGAAAAGGUUCUCAACGAAGCCUUUGCAGAUGAACACGCCUUCAAAGCCAUAGUAGGGCGUAAAUCAUUUGCACAGCUCCUCACAGCCAACAACAGAGCACAGCUAUUAGCGUGCUCCUUGGCUGGGGAAAUCUAUGUCGCUGAAGAUGACGCAGGUCGCAUGAUAGGAGUAGCUCUUUGGUUCGGUCCUGGGAGAGACAUAUAUGACAGAGAACAAAGAAGGCUUAUACUCGUAUUUCAUGCUAGUGAGGACCAAAGAAGCAUCGCCCUUAAUCCAUUCCUUGCACAACUACCACAUGAUGUACGACAAUGGACCAUACAAUCAAUGCCGAGAAUGAAAGCAUUCCAGGAGCAAGUGUUUGGAAAAGGAAAUACCCGAUCGCAAUGGUACUUACAGCGCAUUGGUAUCAUUCCGGACCGCCAAGGAGAGGGCAUCGGGACGGAGCUUCUUGACAUGGUUCGUGACAAGGCUGGCCGCCGCUGCGUCCUUGUGGAGGCGACAGAUGAUGAAACCUGCGAGUUCUACGAAGCCAUGAAGUUCGAGGAGCGAGGAGAUCUCGAUAUGGAAGCUCCAAAUGGACGUUUCAAAACCUACGCCUUCCUUUGGUCCCAUUCGGACACAAAUGGAUCCACAUAA